AAUGAUUGAGAGAUAGAACAUGAAGCUGACUGAUGUGAAAGGACUAAUCUGUGGAUGUCGUCUCCUCCCAAACCUGAACAAACACAGAACAACAGCAGCUCAGACAGUCAGGAGACGUUAAGAGACAUCACUGUGUUUGUUCAUCCCAACGACUACUAUAUCUGUCUGAGAAACAAGUCUGAUCAGGACAAACCACUGGGACGACGUCAGUUAAAAGUCCAGAUCAACAAUAGUGAACCCAUCACAUACACAUUUGAUCCAUCAAUGAAACUCAAGGCUGGAAACUCUGUUACUUUAUGGCGUCCAGGCUUUGCUAGACCCUCUCCUGACACUGGUGACCUGGUGUGGGAGGACCUGAAGCCCUGGAAGUCUGGAGACAGAGUCCAGGUCUCUCUGCAGUGAAAUAGUUCCCAGUUGAACUCCUUCAAUAAAGUUCAGUAAUCCAGCAAACAGCAACAUUAUAGAUGAGAAACAGCACGACUCAGAUCUUCCUGCAGAAAC